GGGGCGCGGCUGUGGGAGGGAGACUGCCAGGCCCGAUACCGCCCCCCCCCUCCCCGGAUCCCGGACACGGCGGCUGCUGGUACCAGAGGAGCCCCGGCACCGAAGUCCCUUCCCUCUACGUACACGCACUAUUUCGGCAGCCCCGUGUCCGACUCCCUCUGCUCCUCUCCGCGCAGCCAUGUGCUCCAAACCGGGCGCCCCCUGCCCUCCACCCGCACCCCAUCUUCUACGGUCACCCUUUCCUGCCGUGAUGGGCUCCCCUCUGCCAACCGGGCUCCGCUGCCUGUCUGCCGCUGCCCCUGCCGGGGGUGCCAAGCUCACCCACCCGGGGAAAGCCAUCCUAGCAGGUGGCAUUGCCGGAGGGAUCGAGAUCUGCAUCACGUUUCCCACUGAAUACGUCAAGACGCAGCUUCAGCUAGAUGAGAAAGCCAAUCCACCGAGAUACCGAGGCAUUGCUGACUGUGUGAGGCAAACAGUGCAAGGUCAUGGUGUGAAGGGGCUGUAUCGGGGGCUCAGUUCUCUGCUGUAUGGAUCCAUUCCCAAGGCAGCCGUAAGGUUUGGGAUGUUUGAGUUUCUCAGUAAUCAUAUGCGGGAUGCUGAUGGGAAGCUGGACAGUAAGCGCAGUUUGCUGUGUGGUCUUGGUGCUGGUGUGGCCGAGGCCGUUGUUGUGGUCUGUCCCAUGGAGACGGUGAAGGUGAAGUUUAUACACGAUCAGUGCUCACCUAACCCGAAAUACCGUGGAUUCUUCCAUGGGGUGCGUGAGAUUAUUAGAGUCCAAGGGAUAAAGGGGACUUAUCAAGGUCUCACAGCUACAGUCCUCAAGCAAGGGUCAAACCAAGCCAUUCGCUUCUUUGUUAUGACUUCCCUGAGAAACUGGUACAGAGGUGACGACCCCAACAAACCAAUGAACCCGCUAGUGACUGGUUUAUUUGGAGCCAUUGCCGGUGCUGCCAGUGUGUUUGGCAACACCCCUCUCGAUGUAGUAAAGACUAGAAUGCAGGGUCUGGAGGCACAUAAGUACAAAAGCACAUGGGACUGUGCUUACAAGAUACUCAAAUACGAAGGACCUAGAGCGUUCUACAAGGGGACGGUACCUCGGCUUGGACGCGUGUGUCUGGAUGUGGCCAUCGUCUUCAUUAUCUAUGAUGAAGUGGUGAAGAUGCUGAAUAAAGUGUGGAAGACAGAUUGAGAGCCUACUGUGGAGGAGAGCGAAUCCAGGGACCUUUUCAGGAUCUCACGAUUGCCAAAGGCUUUUUUUUGCCAAGCUUUACUGACCCCCUGGUAGCCAUAGACCCUAGUUCCCUCCAUCACCGGGGGACUGUCUCUCCGCUUCCCUUUCGAUAUACAGCCCCUCUCUCUGCCUCAAACAUGGUUUAACAGUAGCCAAAGGAUUUGGUAAAUCUUAGUGUGAUGAUAUUUUAAUUUGAUUUAUUAUGAAGAUUUGACCCACAAUUUUUAACAUUUCAACUCUUUCCCCUAAAGAAAGUUUGUUUUAACAGCUCCCCAGUUGCUCUUUGCCAAAUACCGGUAUUUUAUUUUAAAUGACAAACAUAUGUGGGGUGGGUAGCCUUCUGCAAAUGUUAUUUUUAUGAUACUUAAACAAUCUAACAAUGAAUUUGUGUGUGUUUAUAACUUAUAUGUUACAAACACACGUGUAUAAGCUCACUCCUAGAUGGUUUUAGUUGAAAUUCCCUCUGAAUCGGCUUUCCUCCCAUUAGUGUAAGGUCUAAAAUAAUGUUUCUGUUUAUAGAUGUUUUAUUUUUUUUUAAAAAACAUGCUGUGGGGUUAGUUUUAUUGAUCACGGGGGAAAAAACUCUUGUCCUGGCGCACGAUUACCCAUUACAUUUGGGGUUCAGAUCUGAGCAUCAUGCCACCCCUGUCCCUGCCAACAGAAAAGUUAGGGUACUGACAUCUCCGCAUAGCAGUUUUUCAUACAAGUGCCCUGCGAUUAAUUGAAAAUAAAUCAAAAUGUUUUGAUUAA